GCCGAUACAUGAACAAAGUCUAAAAAAUGUCAACAAUUAAAGAGAUCCCUGUACAUUUGCCUAAAUUGCUUACUUUGUUUAGGACAAUUGUGCCAAAACUGACAAACGACAAAUAUAAAGGACAAUAUGGGCGAAUUGGCGUCAUCGGAGGGUCUUUGGAAUAUACCGGUGCUCCGUACUUUGCUGCUAUAAGCUCCAUGAAAGUUGGAGCCGAUUUAUCGCAUGUAUUCUGUCAAGCAAAUGCGGCCUCAGUUAUCAAAUCUUACAGUCCCGACUUAAUCGUUCAUCCAGUUCUGGACUGCUUGGAUGCUGUUGAUAAAAUUAAGCCGUGGUUAGACCGCUUACACGUGAUUGUUAUAGGUCCUGGAUUGGGUCGGGAACCCCUUAUUUUGAAGACUGCAACAGAUGUGCUAAAAUUGUGUAUAGAAUUAAAAAAGCCAAUUGUAAUAGACGCUGAUGGACUAUUUAUUCUGAAUGAUAACUUUGAUCUGGUAUGCGGACAACGGAAUAUCAUACUGACCCCAAACGCUAUGGAGUUCCGUAGAUUGUUUGGAGAGGACACGAAUUCAGCGCGUACAAAAAUGUCUUGUCUGGGAGAUGGUGUUGUGGUCCUGGAAAAAGGAGUAAAUGAUCAAAUUCAUAUACCUCACACCAACGAAGUUCACUCUAUGCCGACUGGCGGUUCCGGGCGUAGAUGUGGUGGUCAAGGCGACUUGCUAAGCGGAUCUCUAGCAACGUUUUUUCACUGGUCACUUCAAUCCAACGAGCCAAAUCCUGCUUAUAUUGCAGCUUGUGCUUCAAGUUAUCUCGUGAAAAGAGCAAAUUCGGCUGCAUUUAAAAAGUUUGGUAGAAGCCUUCUAGCUAGUGAUAUGAUAAAUGAAAUAUCCACAGUUUUUCGGUCUGAUUUCGAAGAUGUGGAAUCUGGAUAAAUAGGUCAAAUAAAUAACUAAGGUGUGAUGUUGCGUUA